GCGGGCACCGUGUCAUCUGGCAAGGCAGUGGGCUCCGAGUCAACAGGCACGACAGCGGGCACCGGGUCAUCAGGUACCAGAUUGUCUGGCUCGACAGCGGGCAUCGGGUCACCAGGUAUGACAGCGGGCACUGGGUCACCAGGCAUCAGGUCAUUUGGCUCGCCAGCGGGCACCGCGUCAUCUGGCAAGGCAGUGGGCACCAAGUCCCCAGGUACGACAGCGGGCUCUGAGUCAAUUGGCACGACAGCGGGCACCGGGUCACCAGGCAUUGGAUCAUCUGGCUUGACAGCGGGCAUCGGGUCACCAGGCAUCAGGUCAUUUGGCUCGCCAGCGGGCACCGCGUCAUCUGGCAAGGCAGUGGGCACCGAGUCACCAGGUACGACAGCGGGCUCUGAGUCAAUUGGCCCGACAGCGGGCACUGGAUCAGGUACCGGAUCGUCUGGAUCAACAGCGGGUAUCGAGUCAACUGGC